AGGGACCGGCUUAGCUUUCCCACCAGGCCCCAGCUGCUCCCGCCAAGCCUCCCUCCUGCCAUGAAGCGCUCCCCUAGGCUGCCACCGCCCGUGAGGCCCACUCCCUCGCCCCCAGUAUCAGGAGCCCGUAGGAGGCGGGUUCGAUGCCGAAAGUGUGAGGCCUGCGUGCAGGGAGAGUGUGGUGUGUGCAGAUACUGCCGGGACAUGAAGAAAUUUGGGGGGCCCGGCCGCAUGAAGCAGUCCUGUGUUCUCCGCCAGUGUUUGGCCCCCCGACUGCCCUACUCUGUCACUUGUUCUCUGUGUGGCGAGGUGGAUCAAAAUGAGGAGACACAGGACUUUGAGAAGAAACUAAUGGAGUGUUGUAUCUGCAAUGAGGUUGUUCACCCUGGUUGCCUACAGAUGGAUGGGGAAGGACUGCUUAAUGAUGAACUGCCAAAUUGCUGGGAGUGCCCAAAGUGCUACCAACCGGAUAACCCAGAGAAGGUACAAAGGCGGAAAAUGGAUGAUAGCGAUGAGGGUGUGGUCCAAGCCAAAGUCCUCCGACCUCUUCGGAGCCGUGAGGAACCACUCAUUCAGCAGCCUCCUCACUCAUCCACUACCAUGUUGCAGCUCAUCCAUGACCCAGGACCCCCUCGUGGUGGAAUGGUGACCAGAUCAUCCCCAGGAGCUGGCCCUAGUGACCACCACAGUGCCAGCCGUGAUGAACGUUUCAAAAGAAGGCAACUUCGACUCCAGGCCACCCAGAGAGAAAAGGAGAACAAUCCUAGUGGCAAGAAGGAGCUGUCUGAAGUGGACAAGGUCAGAAUUCGUGGAACAUAUCUAAUGGUCACACCACAGAGGUCUAAUAAAGAGCUUCAGGGAACUUCCAUUGUGCCCAAGCUCCAGGCCAUCACAGCUUCCUCUACCAACCUCCAUCAUUCUCCCCGAGUACUUGUACAACACUGUCCAGCUCUAACUCCCCAGCUGAGGGAUGAAGAUGACCUGGGCAGGGAACGGGACUUUGAUGAUGAUGAAGAAGAGGAGGAGGACAGUGCAGAGGAGGAGGCUGAGGCAGCCACAAUGAGCCAGGGCAGCUGGACACAGGAGGAGGAUGAAAGCUGGAUGCAGAGGGAGAUCUGGCUGUCUGUCUUCCGUUAUCUCAACCGCAGAGAACUUUGUGAAUGUAUGAGGGUGUGUAAGACAUGGUAUAAAUGGUGCUGUGACAAGAGACUCUGGACAAAAAUUGACUUGAGCAGGUGUAAGGCCAUUGUCCCCCAGGCACUGAGUGGUAUUAUCAAGAGGCAGCCAGUGAGCCUUGACCUCAGUUGGACCAACAUCUCCAAAAAGCAGCUGACAUGGCUUGUCAAUAGGCUUCCAGGUCUAAAGGAUCUCCUCCUCGCGGGCUGUUCCUGGUCAGCAGUCUCGGCUCUCAGCACCUCAAGCUGCCCCCUUCUUAGGACCCUUGACCUUCGGUGGGCAGUGGGAAUCAAGGACCCUCAGAUUCGAGACUUGUUGACUCCACCAACUGAUAAGCCUGGUCAUGACAAUCGCAGCAAGCUCCGAAACAUGACAGAUUUUCGGCUGGCUGGCCUAGAUAUCACUGAUGCCACACUUCGCCUCAUCAUCCGACACAUGCCCCUUCUGUCUCGACUUGACCUCAGCCACUGCAGCUACCUUACAGAUCAGUCACCAAAUCUACUAACAGCUGUUGGCUCUUCCACACGCAACUCCCUCACAGAAAUCAAUAUGGCAGGUUGCAAUAAGUUAACAGACCAGUCUCUGUUUUAUCUACGGCGCAUCUCCAACGUCACCUUGAUUGACCUUCGAGGCUGCAAGCAGAUCACUCGGAAGGCCUGUGAGCAUUUCAUCUCGGACCUGUCUAUCAACAACCUCUACUGCCUGUCUGAUGAGAAGUUGAUCCAGAAGAUCAGCUAAAACCCAUCCAAUCAAAGACUGAAAAGGAAACGAAUCCUUUUCCCUGCUCCCCCAUAGAGGAGAGCUUCCUUCCCCUAUUCUGCAUGGGCUUCAAGGCCAGCAUCACACUCCCUCUACCUUUCCAUCCCUGUCCCCUCCCACUAUAGCAGGAUUGGGGUAGAGAGGGUAUUCCUGCUAUUAUGUCCUACUCUUGACUGAGCACAAGGAUGACCUGCCUGCUCCUUUCUCUCCUUCAUUCCCUUCCUCCUUCCUUCCCUCCCUCUAAAGAAUAAGGGAAAAAGAUCACAGGAGGUGCCCACUUGGAGACCAAGCUCAUAGUUUGGGGGUGCUGUGCCAACUUAAUCUAUAUAGAAUCCCCACCCAUUAGGCCACCCCCCAUCUCUCGGCAGGGCCUGGACCUGAGUACUGGGAAAAUAAGAAGGUUGGGCUGCUGCAGAGAAAGUAGCCUUGUCUCAAUAGUUAAGACUUUUCCUGGGGUGUUCAGUGAGUGUCUCUGCUCCAUCAUAUCCCUCCCAGUUAUGUAGAUGGGUGGCAUUGGCCAGAUUGAGACUAGACCCUGCAAAUCAAACUGGUGCUGUUGAAUUUCCAGAAACCUCCUACAUGUCUGUCCUUACCCCCUGCAGCUUGACACUGUCCAAACACAG